AUGCAGUGGCGGGAGUGGCUUCGAGUUGAUGUUCAGAGGGAGCACGAAACGCUAUGGUGUGCCACCUGGAGCCCCAAUGGCCAACUCAUCGCGACAUGUGGCACCGACAAAGCCGUGAGGAUCUGGGACGCUCGAACGGGUCUCCUGUUGGGUGGUCUAGGGGGCGACACGUUUGCCCGCUCGGUUCGACGCAUAGACUGGUCUCCCUGCGGUUUGCAGCUAGCGCUGGCGUGUUUCGACAGUAAAGUUCGAGUUUAUCGGUUAGUGGAGGGUGUGUCAGGCGGGAACGGUCUGAGCUUGGAGCGCGAACCCGCGAACGCAGUGCUGGCAGCGUACCUGCGGCUGGAACUGGUUGCCACGCUCGAGGGCCACGAGUCCGAAGUCAAGGCGGCGGUGUUCAACGCUUCUGGAACUUUGCUAGCGACUUGUGCACGCGAUAAAACGGUUUGGAUAUGGGAGUGCGGCCCUGGUGCCUUCAGCGACCUAGACUUUGAGUGUGUGGCGGUGCUCGCCGGGCAUACACAGGACGUGAAGAGCCUCGUCUGGCACCCGCGCACUGAACUGAUCGCCUCGGCAAGCUAUGACAACACGAUUCGUUUGUGGUGCGAGGACGUCUACGAUGGUGAAUGGUACUGCUGCGCGGUACUUUCGGGCCACGAGUCAACGGUUUGGUCGGUGGCAUUUGCACCAACAGCCGAUGCGGGUUACGAGCACCUGUUGGCGAGCGCUGGUGCCGAUGGUCGUCUGCUCCUGUGGCAACGAUGCGAGGACGGUACAAGGCCCGAAACCAUCCGCCAUGAUGCGCUUGUUGAGGACACUGUAUCCGUGCGGACGCCAACGCAACCCCACAGCGAGAAAGGUGUCGGUGCAGGGACGCCCCAACCAACAGACGAAGGCGUCAUGGCGGAAGCACCGUCCAGUGCGCGUCGAGAAUCAGGGUCCUGGUCACUUGACUUGAGCUCGACUAGGGACGCGUUAGCCUCAGCACCGAUCGAGAAAGAUCCAGAAGAGCAUGCCAGGUUCGCGGAAGCUACGCAGGUGGACAGCUCGACUCCUAGAAACCUGGAUCCUCCGUUGGUAUCGUCCGUAAUGAGCGGCAAACAGCGAUGGUUGGUCAUUAAGCAAGUCCGCGUGAACGCAGGCGACGCUGGAUUCGCCGACGAAGAGGAUGAAUCAGUGUACUGCGUAGACUGGUCCCAUGAUGGAAGACUUUUAGCUACUGCCUGUGCUGACGGGCACAUCCGGGUGUACGAGGCGACAGAGCUCCGCAUUCUAUUGGAUAUACCAGCUGCACACAGCGGUGCCGAGGUCAAUUACGUGCAGUUUCAGAAAAGGCGCGAUGCUUGCGGCGACUGGAGCAUUCACCUGGGAAAGCGCUUCCAGGAUAUGAGUACGGAAACGCUGCAGCGCAGUUACCUGCUCGCUUCCACGGGUGACGACGGGCGCCUGCGCGUUUGGGUGCUCUUCACCUGA